UGGAGUUUCCGGGGCACUCCGCGCGCCCUCGGUCCCGGCAGCAGAGCCCCCAGGUCGCGGGACCCCCGCCAUUCGGCUGAUCUCUGCGGCGUGCGCGCGGACCCGCCGGCGGGGUCGGAGGCCCUGAGGAUGUCUGCGGUGUCCCGGAAGCCCAAGACGUUCAAGCUGCGGGCCCUGCACGGCCCCCAGAAGUUCGGGGUGGCGGGGAGCAGCUGCCAGGACGUGCUGCGGAAGGGCUGCCUCCACCUGCAGCUCCCUGUCGCCGGCUCCCGCCUGUGCCUGUACGAAGACGGCACGGAGCUGACCGCAGAAGACUUCUGGAGCGUCCCCGACGGCUCGGAGCUGGUGCUUCUCACCGCGGGCCAGACCUGGCAAGGCUAUGUGAGUGACAUCCGUCGCUUCCUCAGCGCCUUCCACAAGCCGCACGAGGGGCUGAUCCAGGCCGCGCGGCAGCUGCUGUCCGACGAGCAGGCCCCGCUGCGGCAGAAGCUGCUGGCCGACCUCCUGCACACCGUCAGUGAGAACAUCGCGGCCGAGACCAGGGCUGAGGACCCGCCGUGGUUCGAAGGUUUGGAGUCUCGAUUCAGGACUAAGUCUGGGUACCUGAGGUACAGCUGUGAGAGCCGGAUCCGGAGCUACCUGAGAGAGGUGAGCUCUUACGCCUCUGUGGUCAGCGUGGAGGCCCAGGAGGAGUACUCCCGCAUCGUGGCCGUCAUGGGCCGGGAGCUCAGGGCGGCGCAGUACCACGGUACCUACUUCGACAGAGGCGCCAAGGCUGGCCGCCGGCUCUGCACGCCGGAGGGCUGGUUCUGCUGCCAGGGCCCUUUCGACGUAGACGCCUGUGCAUCCAAACACUCCAUCAAUCCCUACGGUAACAGGGAGAGCCGCGUCCUCUUCAGCACGUGGAACCUGGACCACAUAAUAGAGAAGAAGCGCACGGUCGUCCCCACGCUGGCGGAAGCCGUGACGGCACGAGAUGGCAGGGAAGUGGCCUGGGAGUACUUUUACGACCUGCUCUUCACCUCGGAGAACCUGAAGCUGGUCCACAUCGCCUGCCAUAAGAAAACCACCCACAAGCUCAGCUGCGACCCGCGCAGGGUCUACAGACCGCGGUCGAAGCCGAAGAGGCGGUGGCCGGCCCGCAGGGGCCAGUGAUGGGCGUG